AAUCGGCUGAAUCGACAUGUUCGCUCUUGGUGUUCUAAUCGGUCGGCUGCUAGAUUAGCAGUAGCAGAUCUUGAAUUCGAACUCAGUCUCCACCGUGAACACAGUAACACUAUGACAAGCGUCUAACGACAGUGCCAAAAUUUUAUCAGGACAAGACUACCUGUGUGCCUGUGUAGCUCAACGUAUCUCGUAUCGUUAUGAAAGCAGUGCUAGGAUCAUCAUGACUCCAGAAGUGCGUGCUUCGUAGCUCGCGCGUUCGUGGAUCGUAACGACGUUCAACAUGAUCUCUGCAGCUCUCGGAGUGCGUAGUGUGCUGUGUAAAUACCAUAUAAAGAAGCUGACGCAUACAGCACUUAUAAGCAAUGUCACACUUCGCAACAUCUGCCGGAGCAAGGUCUCCGCCGGACUCGCAAGGCUGCCGGCACAUGCAUUUAAAGGAGCUCGGACAUCCACUCAGAGGAGUUCCCUUCACCUCUGGCUACUCGGAGGAGGCUGUUGCAUUUCACUGACAACCGCCAAGUGCCUGACGCUUCCGAGGGCGGAGUGCAAAGCGCCCAGGACACGGCUACUGGAGGCCAAGAAGGAAUGCCGCGCCCCUUUCGAUUGGUCGGCGUUCUUUCGCUUUCUCAAGCCGGAUUGGUUGCCUCUGCUUGUCGCCGUCAUUAGUGCCUUAGCUGUGGCCGCGCUCAACAUCAACAUCCCUAUCUGCCUCGGUGCCGUUGUGAAUGUCCUCAGCAAGAUCACAAGCAAUGUCGCACCACUCAGUGACAGCUCGGAGUUCUUCGAAGAGAUUCGGGGGCCCGCCUUUCGUCUGCUCACCAUUUUUAUCCUGCAGAGCAUCUUCACAAGCAUCUACAUCUCGACACUGUCGUACACGGGUGAAAGAUUUGCGGCUCGGCUGCGCCAGGCCAUCUUUGAGUCCGUCCUCAAACAGGACAUGGACUUCUUUGACAAGACAAGGACUGGGGAGAUCAUGAACAGCCUGAGCGGAGAUGUCCAGGAGUUUAAGAGCGCCUUCAAGCUUUGCAUCUCUCAGGGACUUCGCAGCUUUGCCCAGACGGUAGGCUGUGGGGUUUCCCUCUAUUACAUUUCGCCCUCGAUGACAGCCUGGAUGGUCGCCGUGGUGCCCGUGAUGAUUGCAGCCGGCACCGCCUUCGGGUCUUUCCUUCGAGCACUUUCCCGAGCAGCCCAAGAACAGACGGCGAGGGCAGCCGGUGUGGCGGAUGAAGCCGUGAGCAACAUUCGGACGGUCCGAGCCUUUGCCAUGGAAGACGCCGAAGCCAAGCUUUUUCACAAGGAGCUGGACAAGGCGGAGCAUCUGCACACGGCACUUGGAGUCGGCAUAGGCUGCUUUCAAGGACUGACGAACCUGGCCAUAAACGGCUUGGUGCUGGGUGUGUUGUACAUGGGUGGAAACAUGAUGGAAGAGAACAGCCUUGAACCGGGGCAGCUCAUGUCUUUCCUUGUAGCCACCCAGAUGAUUCAGAGGUCUCUUAGUCAAAUAUUUGUGCUGUUCGGCCAGUACGUGCGGGGAAUGUCAUCCGGAGCGAGGAUCUUCGAGCUGAUCAGCAUGAAAGGUGACGUCUCCAUCACCGGCGGGAAACAGCUCGACCUGAAAUCUUUGCGGGGAGAUAUCGAGUUCCACCACGUCUCCUUCGCAUACUCCAGUAGACCUAAUGAGACCGUGAUCGACGAUGUCACACUCAAACUUCCUGCCGGAAAAAUCGUGGCCAUAUGUGGACCGUCUGGAAGUGGGAAGUCCACGAUAGCCGCCCUCCUGGAAAGGUUCUACGACGUGUCAGAGGGAGUCAUAACUCUCGACGGUCACAACAUCAAAGACCUGGACCCCAGUUGGCUUCGAAGAAAGGUCAUCGGCUUUAUCCGACAGGAGCCUGUACUGUUUGCAACUAGCAUCAUGGAGAACAUCCGCUACGGGAAUCCUGAGGCAACAGACGAGGAGGUCUACGAAGCGGCCAGGCAAGCAAACGCCCACGACUUCAUCACCUCCUUCCCUAAGCAGUACGACACCGUGCUGGGGGAGCGGGGCGUCACCGUCUCCGGCGGACAGAAGCAGCGGAUAGCGAUCGCUCGCGCUCUCGUGAAGAACCCGCACGUCUUGAUACUCGACGAGGCAACGAGUGCCCUGGACACAGCCUCUGAGCAGGUUGUCCAAGCGACUCUGGACAAAGUAAGCCAAGGACGAACGGUACUGGUGAUAGCGCACAGGCUGUCGACCAUCAGGAACGCCGACAUCAUCGCAGUUCUGCUCGACGGAAACAUUGUGGAGAUUGGUGAUCACAAGUCCCUCAGCCGUCUCAAGGGUGUCUACUGGAAACUGACACACCACCACGACCACGCUAGCGCUAGCGCGGCAGCGUGAUCGGCCGCAACACUGGACAUACGACCAGAGACGACACUCUCAAAUGCUCGCCUGCAUAGCGGCAGCUUACUCAAAUACAGCGUUAAGUACUUAGUA